UUCAGUUGAGUUGGGGUGUACAUCUCUACAACUGGACGUUCACAAAAUUGUCUUUAUAAUAUCUUCAAGAUCCAAUCUCAAAGUGCCAAGCCGUCUUCUUGAGGGCUUCGUUCUAUCGAAUCUGCGUUAACUACCAGGAACAGCUGCUUAAAUGACGGCCACCCAAGGCAGUGCAUCGACGGAAGUUCUCGAGGGAGACAUUCUGCAUACAUGCGCCUCCUGCGGGACACACUUGGCUUCCGCCGAAGAUGUGGUGAGCAAAGGUUUUCAGGGAAAACAUGGACGCGCGUACCUGUUCAGUAAUGUCGUGAAUAUUACUCUUGGAGAACCGGCUGAACGGGAGCUGAUGACGGGAACCCAUACCAUUGUGGAGGUCCGCUGCGUUUCUUGUAAGCAGUACCACGGGUGGAAAUACAUUUCGGCAUCGCACCCAAAUCAGAGCUACAAAGUGGAUAAAUUCUUGCUGGAAUUGAAAAGCAUGAAGAAGGUGGAUCAAAGGAAAAGUGAAGCUUAAGACUCGGUGUGGAUUCAUCCGAACGAGAAAAAAAGAUUAGAUUACUGUCGGUUACGGGUGCAUGAUAUAACUCUUCUGCACGUCUCUCCGUGGCAUUGCAACUUGAAUAGAUGCUGCCGUAAAUUUCCCUUGGGACAGUUAGUUGCAUAUGUUUUGGUGCAAGAGCAAACAAGUGCGCUUUCCGUCGCGCACAUGCCCCUACAUUCAUGCCAACCAGCAGCCACAGAACUGACCGGAUGUUAAGGGCAUUAGGAUAGGUAGGUUGUAGCGCAGCGGUCGCAGCAAAAUGAGCAGGCGGGCAGGGAAUUGUCGUGGUGGCCAACAAUCACAGGCCGGUCUGCUCUCACGGUCUCAGACUCGCGACGAGAGCUCUGCAUUCUGGCUCCAGACAAAAGCGUGAUAUUCUGCAUCGCACCAAAAUUGUUAUCGAUUU